AUGACCAUCGAUGCAUGGAUAUCAAUGCAUAACAUAAGACAUGCAUUAUAUAUUUUCCUCUCACCAGUUUUGUUGACACAUGAAUGUAGUGCGUUGUUCCAAAACAACCUCCCUGAAAAGUUGAAAGACCCUGUAAGAUUCACACUACCAUGCUCCAUUGGAGGAAAAGAGGUUGGCCAUGCGCUAUGUGACCUUGGAGCCAGCAUCAAUUUGAUGCCGCUAUCCAUUUUCAUGAAGCUGGGGAUUGGUGAGGCAAGACCCACCAUUGUAGCUCUUCAACUUGCUGAUAGGUCAAUAACGCAUCCUGAAGAAAAAAUUGAAGACGUGCUGGUACAAGUUGACAAGUUUAUUUUUUCGGCCGAUUUCAUCAUCCUGGAUUAUGAGGAAAAUGUAGAUGUCCUCAUCAUUUUGGGCCACCCGUUCUUGGCCAUAGGUCAUGUAUUAACUGACGUACAGAAAGGGGAAUUGACAAUUUGA